UUUAGGUUACAAAUCAAGAAGAAUACUGAAAUUCAUUGUCGAAGAAACUGCAUUGCUCUGUCAAGUGAAGUUUUUCAAGAACUUGAUUGUUUUCAAUAUCCUGACCAACUGCAGAAGAAUUUCUAUACGGAAAACAUUUGGGGUUUAACCAAAACCUGCACUUAACAGAUUGCCAAUGCUUACAAGGAACUGCUUGUUGCUGUUCCUUUGGUUCUUGUUUGAAGAAGGGUUUUUGACACCACUGCAGUCGCCACUGCAAAGAAAACUUGGGAGUGAGCGCGCUGGGAGCAGGGCAGGAAUAUUGAGAAAUGGACGGACAAGCUUUCAGAGAGUUAAACGUGGCUGGGUCUGGAACCAAUUUUUUGUACUUGAGGAGUAUAUGGGAUCUGAUCCUCAAUAUGUUGGAAAGUUGCACUCUGACCUGGACAAAGGUGAAAGCGUAGUGAAGUACACUCUCUCAGGAGAUGGGGCUGGCUCUAUUUUUACAAUCGACCAGACAACUGGGGACAUUCAUGCCUUACGGAGCCUUGACAGAGAGGAAAAGCCUUACUACACGUUACGUGCUCAGGCUGUAGAUGUAGAGACUGGCAGAGCUUUGGAGCCCGAAUCUGAGUUUGUCAUUAAGGUUCAGGAUAUAAAUGACAAUGAACCAAAGUUUUUGGAAGGUCCCUAUACUGCAAGUGUACCGGAAAUGUCUCCAGUAGGUACCUAUGUGAUGCAGGUAACAGCCACAGAUGCAGAUGAUCCAACAUAUGGCAACAGUGCCCGGGUUGUCUACAGUAUUUUGCAAGGACAGCCUUAUUUUUCAGUAGAUCCUAAAACAGGAAUUAUAAGAACAGCAUUGCCAAACAUGGACAGGGAGGUGAAAGAGCAAUAUCAAGUCCUCAUUCAAGCCAAGGAUAUGGGAGGACAACUGGGAGGUUUAGCGGGAACAACAACGAUUAAUAUAACUCUCACAGAUGUGAAUGACAAUCCUCCAAGAUUUCCUAAGAGUAUAUUUCAUCUGAGAAUCCCAGAAUCAUCUUUUGUUGGAUCAGCAGUUGGUAGAAUAAAAGCUCAUGAUCCGGAUUCUGGUAAAAACGCUGAAAUUGAAUACACCAUUGUUCCAGGAGAUGGUGGUACCACAUUUGAUAUUACUACAAAUGAAAAUACUCAAGAAGGUAUUCUCAUUCUCAGAAAGCCUUUGGAUUAUGAAACUAAAAAAGCAUAUACCUUCAAGGUAGAAGCCUCUAAUGGUCAUCUAGACCGUCGUUUUCAUGCCUUUGGCCCCUUCAAGGACACAGCGACAGUUAAAAUUAAUAUCUUGGAUGUGGAUGAACCACCAGUUUUCAGCAAGCCUUCUUACACAAUGGAAGUUUAUGAGGAUACUCCUGUUGGGAUCAUCAUAGGAGCAGUGACUGCUCAGGAUCUUGAUGCUGGUAGCAGUCCAGUAAGGUAUUCUAUCGACUGGAAGAGUGAUUUAGACAGCUGUUUCAGCAUUGAUCCUGUGGAAGGGACCAUUUCUACAAACGAACCCCUAGACCGAGAGAACAUUGCACAGCACAAUAUUUCUGUUGUUGCAACUAAAGUUAAUAACCCAGUGCUGUCCAACAAAGUUGAAGUUACAAUCCAUGUCUUGGAUGUUAAUGAGUUUCCACCUGAAUUUUCAGUACCAUAUGAGACUUUUGUGUGUGAAAAUUCAAAACCAGGACAGAUUAUUCAAAUUGUUAGUGCAAAGGACAAAGACAUACCUAAUGAUGGUCAAAGAUUUUCGUAUAAGCCAUUACCAGAGCCAUCAACAAAGGAGAAUUUUACAGUGCAGGACUUUGGAAACAACACAGCUGGCAUUCUGACCACGCGGAAUGGUUACAGUCGCAGAAUGCAGGAGAUCUAUUUUCUAGCCGUCGUAAUAGAAGACAGUGGGUAUCCAGUCCAGAGCAGUACAAACACCUUGACCAUUCGAGUCUGUGGAUGCGAUACUGAAGGCACCCUUUUAUCUUGCAAUGUUGAAGCAAUCUUCUUACCAGUAGGACUCAGCACAGGGGCACUAAUAGCAAUCCUUCUAUGCAUCAUUAUACUCCUGGUGAUUGUUGUACUAUAUGUUGGACUUAGGAGGCAAAAAAACAAAGAAACCCUUAUGACAUCAAAGGAGGAUGUUCGGGACAAUGUGAUACAUUAUGACGAUGAAGGAGGUGGAGAAGAAGACACUCACGCUUUUGACAUGGGCACUUUGCGGAAUACUAAGGUCAUCAAAGAAAAUACAUACCGGAGAGAUGUAAAACCUGACACUGAACCAUGUUACAAGCCCCCAGCUUCCCAGGACAAUACAGAUAUCCGAGAUUUCAUUCAGCAACGGCUUCAGGAGCAUGAUGGUGAUGCUACUGCACCCCCCUAUGACUCACUUGCCACCUAUGCAUAUGAAGGUGAAGGCUCAAUUGCAGAAUCUUUAAGUUCCAUCGAAUCAUUAAUAGCUGACAAGGAUGAGGAGUAUGAUUACCUAAAUGAGUGGGGGCCUCGAUUUAAAACAUUGGCAGAAAUUUUUGGGGCCCAGGAUUCUCAUUUGGAAUCAACAAAUAACAAACUUUAACAUCUGCUGUUUCUAGGGUGGGUUGUUACUUGAGGACUAGAGAAUCUUUGUUUUACAUCUUCAAAAAUGAUUUAAUUUCAUUGUUUUCUUUCAUAUGUUUUUUUUUUGCUCUUCAAAGAGGAUAGCCUGCAAAAUUUUGUUCAAAAAGACUCAAAGGAACAAAAGCCAGCCUUUCAAUUAAUACAUUUGUUACUGCUUCAAGACUUGAAGGUAAAUAUGCUGGAAGAUUGGCAAGGAUUCUCUUCUAAUAUUCUGAUAAAGUGCCUCAAGAUAUUUUUGUUGUCUUCUGUUUUUCUCCUCCCAUUAAAUUAAGUGAACAACAUCCAUUACAUUUGUCGUUUGAACCCUCAAAUGGAAUUAAAAAACGAACCCCCUAAUAGUAACAUUUAGACAACAUUUAAAUCAGUGGCAUUUAGGGGCGUGUACUGUAUGAAGGCCAAAGUGUGGCCAAAGAUUAUUUAUUUAUUUGUUUGUUUGUUUGUUUGUUUAUUUAUUUAUUUAUUUCUCUAUUUAUUCGUUGACUUGGUAAUUGCCUAGGAAUUUUACAUUCUACUUGAUGUUUUUGUAAUAUAUCCUAGCCCACAUGCAAAUGAAAUGUUCAUCAUGAGGGAAUAGUUUGGGAGAGAAAAAAAAAAAGCUUGUGAUGGACACUUGUACAUUUUUUAGGGCUAAAUGCAUUAUAAUAAAAUUCAGGUCCUGUAAUAAACACAUCUUUUUUUCUGAAUAAAACCCA